GACGCAGUGUCCUACGUCCUGACGAUAGAGGGGAGGCCGUACACCGUUCACCUGCAGCAGCAAUUCUUUUUAUCUGAUGAUUUCAGGAUUUACACGUACAAUGAGAAGGGAUCCUUGCGCUCUGACUUGCCCCAUGUCAAGGGAGGCUGCUACUACCGGGGGUACAUCGAUGGCUUUCCCAGCUCGGCAGUGACCCUCAGCACCUGCUCGGGGCUCAGGGGCUUGCUGCAGUUUGAGAACGUCAGCUACGGGAUUGAGCCCCUGGGUUACUCUCCUGCGUUCGAGCACUUUGUGUAUCGAGUGAGUGACGAGAAGACGGCAGGUUCCCUCUUUGCCAACAGCCACCCCGAGAGAGGGCCAGGCGGGCUGACGCCACUACCAGCUGCAGCACGGUCUCCCAAAUACUUUAAAGUGUACGUAGUUUUGGACAAGGCUUUGUACGACUAUAUGGGUUCAGACACAAAUGCUGCAACGCAGAAGAUAAUCCAGGUCUUCAAUUUAGUCAACAAUAUGUUUAAUCCUGUUAAUGUUACCAUUGUGCUGUCCUCCGUGGAGCUGUGGACAGAGGAGAAUAAAAUAUCGACGGCAGGGGAAGCAGAUGACCUUCUACAGCGAUUUUUACAGUGGAAACAGUCACAUCUCGCUCUGCGGUCGUAUGACAUAGCUUAUCUAUUAGUCCGGAGCUCGCCCAUGGGCGGGAGGGACAGGGACGGGCAGGAGCAUCCGUGGCCGGAGCUGGGAUCUCCGCGUGGAAAGCGCAGCCACGGCAGCCCUGCUCUCUCCUUCCUCCAGUACCAAGGGGCCGUGACGCUGGAGUCCUUCUCCGUCCUCCUGGCGCAGCUGCUGGGACGCAGCCUGGGCAUCAGCUACGACGACUCCCGAGACUGCCACUGCCCCGGGCGCAUCUGCCUCAUGAGCCCAGAGGCGCUACGUUUCAGUGGGGCAAAAGCCUUUAGCAGCUGCAGCAUCAGGGACUUCGAAACCUUCCUGAAGCACAAUGGAGGCGCGUGCCUUUUCAAUAGACCCCGCUUGACCGGACUGUCCUACCGGAGAAAGGCCGUCUGCGGCAACGGUGUCGUGGAGCCCGGCGAGCAGUGUGACUGCGGGGCAGCGGAGGCAUGCUUGAAGGAUAAAUGCUGUACUAAAAGAUGUCGGUUUAAGCCGGGAGUGAAAUGUUCCUCUGGAUUAUGUUGUAAGGAAUGUCAGUUCAAGCCGAAAACCUCACAGUGCCGCCCCCCCGCCGACGCGCAGUGUGACCUGCCCGAGUUCUGCAACGGGUCCUCCACGUCCUGCCCCCCCGACCUGUACGUACAGGACGGGCACGGCUGUGAGCACGGCACCGGCUACUGCUACAAGGGACGCUGCCAGGGCUUGCUGCAGUUUGAGAACGUCAGCUACGGGAUUGAGCCCCUGGGUUACUCUCCUGCGUUCGAGCACUUUGUGUAUCGAGUGAGUGACGAGAAGACGGCAGGUUCCCUCUUUGCCAACAGCCACCCCGAGAGAGGGCCAGGCGGGCUGACGGCAGAGGUGAUGUCGUACAAAGCACAUGGAGAUGAUGAAUACGACUACCUGGGUGCAGAUGAAUAUGUUGUGACACAGAAGAUAGUUCAGGUCUCCAGCUUGCUCAGCAGUAUGUUCAGGUCUCUUAAUCUAACAGUUACACUGUCCUCCAUGGAGGUCUGGAUGGAUAACAGUACAUUUAAGACAACAGGGGAUGGAGAAGAAGUGCUGGUGCGGCUGUUGGAGUGGAAGCAGACAAGCCCCGCUCUGCAGCCCCAUGAAGUGCCGUAUCUGCUCCUACGUUUCAGUGGGGCAAAAGCCUUUAGCAGCUGCAGCAUCGGGGACUUUGAAACGUUCCUGAAGCAGAACAGGGACUGCCCUUUCAUCAGGCACGCUGUGCGUCAGCCUUCCUACCGCGCGGCCGUCUGCGGCAACAGCGUCGUGGAGCCUGGCGAGCAGUGCGACUGCGGGGCACCGGAGGCCUGUGCAUUAGACAAAUGCUGUACUCCCCAGUGUAACUUCAAACCAGGAAUGAAGUGCUCCUUGGGAUUAUGCUGUGAAAAUUGCCAGUUCAAGCCGAAAACCUCACAGUGCCGCCCCCCCGCCGACGCGCAGUGUGACCUGCCCGAGUUCUGCAACGGGUCCUCCGCGUCCUGCCCCCCCGACCUGUACGUACAGGACGGGCACGGCUGUGAGCACGGCACCGGCUACUGCUACAAGGGACGCUGCCAGUCUCCGGACCUGCAGUGCCAGGCACUCUAUGGGAAAGGUGCAAAAAAUGCUCCUUUGGCCUGUUACGAAGAAGUCAACAGUCAGCAGGAUAGGUUUGGACACUGUGGCAACCACCCAAAGGAUGGCUAUCAGCCCUGUUCCUGGCCGAAUCUGGGAUGUGGAAAGUUAGUAUGUACAUACCCGAAUCGUAUUCCCUUCACAAAACUCAAGGGUGCCAUAAUUUAUGCUCAAGUGCAAGAACAUCUGUGCGUGUCUUUCGAUUUUAUGCGUGGACCCACAGCUCUAGAUCCUCUCCUGGUCAAAGAUGGAACAAAAUGUGGUCCUGGAAAGGUUUGUAUGAAUGGCACGUGCCACCCGCAUUCAGUCCUGAAGUAUGACUGCAACAUGCAGAAAAAAUGCCACGGGCAUGGAGUGUGCAAUAACAAGAACAACUGCCACUGUGAUUCGGGCUGGAACCCCCCCAGGUGCAAGACUCAAGGAUCUUCUGUAGGCGGCAGCAUUGACAGCACGCUGGGCCCUGAUCAUACCGCAAAAAGCUCUGCCCUGGCUGUGCUGAAUAACUGGCUGCUGCUGAGCUUCGGCGUCGUCCUCGCCCUGGUCUGUGGCACCGUCAUGAUGACAAAGUGGAGCCGGCUGAAAAGAUUCUGUGCAAGGAGGGGAUUGCAAAUGGAUGGAGUGUUUUUGCCAGAGGAUUUCCGGAUCUAUACCGAUGGCCGAGGGGGGCUUGCGAAAUCCGAACUGGCACAUAUCAAGCGCGACUGCUUCUACGAAGGCUACAUCGAGGGUUUCCCUGUUUCGCUCGUGGCACUUAGCAUCUGCUCCGGCCUGAGCGGGAUCCUGCAGCUCACGAAUGCCAGCUACGGGAUCAAGCCUCUGGAGACUGCAGCUGGGUAUCAGCAUCUCGUGUACCCAAUGUGGAACAAAAACGUAGACACUCAGCUGUUCGUAGAAAACAACUCUCUUGCCCGGACUGGGCAGGCGUCACGGAAGCUGGAGGACACAAUAGCAGUGAGUACACCUCCUGUCCGGUUGAUCUUUGGUGGGAUGGUAGCCAUAGACAUGAGAAGCUUGUAG